CUAGAUUUGGAUUUGGAUGUAGUCUAUGAACAUCCUGUUGUCCUCAAAGUGUCAUGGAUUCUUUAGGAUAUUUUAUUUCUUGGAUCUAAGGUUUUCGUGGAUUUUAAAGCCUAAAAUACGAAGGAAAGAAUACGACCAAAAAUCUCUGCCCACCCUUUUGAUUUCAGCGGAUUUCCCGUCACGAGGCAAAACAAAAGCAAGCAAGCUACAUCCGCCCCCCAUAUAACUCAUCUGGAUCGAUCUUCUUCCUUCCUUUCUAAUGGUGAAAACUGAAAAUGCAGACCUUGCAGAGCUAAAGAGGAUUAGUGUUUGGAGUUGGUGUAGUCCGUAAUCCAUCCAAGAGUUGACUGUAGAAUCUCGAAGCAGGACAGAGGAACAAAUCCAAGGGUUUACGGUGGGAAGAUUAUUAACAAGAGCUCGGAGGAAGAGGAACAAAUUCAAGGGCUUUUAGCCGCUAGAGCUUCGUUUUCUCCGCUCUCGGCCUUCCGAGGUGCGGCCGUAGGCAGGGGUGUUUUGGGAGCUUCGGAAGUUUGCUUUCCGUUUCGUUUUGCAGGUCAAAGGACAAAGGGCGAGCGGAAUCUUGGAGUAGCAGAUUUGAGCAGGGCGACCGGUGGUUCAAUUCGGGCGGAGAAUGUGAUGGGCGGCAGAAUGACGAAGGAAAGUGGUUCAACGAAGGAUGUAUUGCUGAACGGAGAGGUGGGUCAGAUGAAGGUUGCUCGGCAGGAAACCGACCUUGCGACGAAUGGGAGCAGAGCCUUUGGUAUUAGGGUUUGGAGCCGUGGCUUGUUCGUGUCAACAAUCAUAGUGAUGGUCCGACCUCCUCCCGAACCACCACCAGGGGACUCGCUUGGUGAAUCUAUGGAGGUGCUCGUGAAGAAGGAAAGGGAUUUUUAUUUAUCUGCAUUUUUAUUGUCGUUUUUGUCAUCACACUUUUAUUUGUUUUGUUGCUAUUAUUUUUUAUUGUAAGACUCUUGCAUUAAGAUCGGGUGAAGUUAGGUCUACUUCAAUCAUCUGUGGCUCAGGUUUGCCCAUUAAUGGAUCAGUGGGUUAUAUUGCUUGUUUGAAGGUGAUUAACUUCAAAUCUGGUUCGAAGGCUGACGGUUGCAUGUGAGUCCUUUGAGUCCUUAUUCAUUUUACUCACUUUCUGAAUGCUAAUGCUUUUAUUUCAAUAUAAGCCCCCCUCUUCCAAAAAAAAGUCCAUCUAUUAAUUUUUUUUUUUUGAAAUACCAUCUAUUAAUUUCUUAUUAAUGCAAUUUAGAGUUCUAUGGGGGUGGGAAAAUAGAAUUCUAUUUGGAAUCCCAAAUACGAAUAUUGGCUUAGGCCAUGGGGAUUGCAAAAUUAAGUCAUGCCUGAACAUCCUGACUUCAUGUUUGGAUGACUCUAAGAAAGUGGUCUUCGGGUUCGAACUUAAAGCUUG